GGAUAAUCUGGCGAAGACAUCGCGUCUCUCGGGUCGGUGCCGCAGAAGUCGGCAUUGGCAGGCACCUCUUGACACUCUUCGCUCUGAUAUACAAGGGUAUUGGAAAGCCAAUGAUGCCGUGAAAUUAUCCCAGGUCCGAAGCUGUUCGGCCCGGAAUAGAACAAAUAACCUGUCCGUAGCCACUACCGGACACCCUCACCGAGAGUAGUACCGAGUCUUUUCUUUCCUCACCUCAGGUCAUGGCCUGGAGGUGAGAGUUAUGUAUACUCGGGAAAUCGGACCUGGGCCAUGGUUAGCUGCGGAGUAAAUUUUGUUUACAUCCAGAAACAGAACUUAUUUCUUUAAAUAUUGUUUUGUGCAUGUUUUUAGCCUUGCCUCACAUGAAUAUCUUCCAACUCAACAUACCCGACAACAUCGGUCACAUCGCUAAUAUAAUAUCACCAUGGACCUUUCCAUCGCUAUCAUCAACGACCUCGGCAGCGUUUUUAAACACUGGGCUCUCGUCAUCCCCAGCCCGGACAACCCCGGUUAUGUUUUCCUUCAGGCCAAAGGCUCAGACCGUCAUUUUCGCUACGAGCCAGAAACGGCGCGGGAUCUCGAAUACAUAGGUCUAGUGGAGCUUGUCAAGCUGUGUCGCGUCGAUGCUGGCAAGACGAGUGAGAUUAAGAAUGUUGCGAGCAGGGUCACUAUCCGUAAUGGCAUCAGUGGCUGGAAUUGCCAGGAUUAUGUACUUGAUUUGUUAGACGCCUUAGAGGGACAAGGUUUAGUUGAUGGGAAGGACGAGCGUUAUAAGGAGAGGAGGGCCUAUGUGCGGGGGAAGGUUGAGGGGCUGGAGUAGGGCUUACUUUCUUGGUAUUUGAUUAUUCUACUAAACUAUCAAAUCCACGGUGAUAUUAUCUUUCCUGGGGCCGUCGUGAGUGAAUCCUAGCCCUCUCCAAAUUCAACAGGUUCUGUGAGAAAAG